AUGCGCCACCUCAUUAGAGAGACCGGGUAUCUCUGGGUAUUUGACCCAGUGCCCCCCUGCCGCCUCCGACAGAGAAACACACAUCUCAAACCCCCUGGAUUCAGGGAAAUCGAGAUUCUUCGGUUUCUCGGACCGUCCUCAACGUGGGCAUAUACUCGACAAGUGAUAGUGGAUAUCAAGAAAUAUUUGAACCAGCCGGAUUCACCUGACAUGCCUAUCCAUACGGAUGGUAAUGCAUAUGACUUUGACUGGUCAUCGGCUGAAGAUAAACCUUUCAGCAAGCGUGAACUACCUUCAUUUGACCACGCUCUAUAUUUGAUGAACACCGUCAAAUUCCACAUUGGUCAACUAUAUCACCUCUUCGACGAAGCCACCUUCACUGAUGGCUUGCAUGCAUUCUACCGCGGCCGCACUACCGAGAUUCCUCAUUUCAAUUUGUGGUACGUUCAGUAUCUUCUUGUCAUUGCCUUCGGGAAACUGUUCCUAGUGCAGAGUGCACCGGAGGACGCUCCGCCGGGUGCAAUUUUCUUCGCUAGGGCAAUGAAGCUUCUUCCAGAUAUCAAAGACCUUUACGACGACAUAUUGAUUUCUGUUGAGAUCCUAUGUGGGAUAUCAUUUUUCCUUCAAUGUAUCGAUCACAGGAAUGCCGCAUAUGUUUAUCUCGGCAUUGCCCUCCGAAUUGCUUUAACGCAAGGGCUCCAUCGUGAUGUUGAUGUUGAACCUUCAGCCGAGCAUCUACGUUCCCGUUAUAGCUCAAUUUGGUGGACUUUGUACAUCCUAGACCGGAGGUUCUCCUCAUUAAUGGGCGCGCCUAUAUCCAUCCAUGAUUCAGAUGUCACAACGAGUUUGGUCAAUUCUGGAAUGGCGGACCAUAGGUCAGAAGCAUUGGCAAUGCAUGUCAAGCUGUCCAGGAUUAUCACGAGUGUGCUCAACUACAGUGUUCAAAGAGUUCUGAUCAGCCUCGCAGAACUUGCACCUGAACUUCAAAGUCGCUUCGGUUUAAGUGGCUCCAGCGAUGAAAGUAUAUCAAGGGUUGCUGGCACCUUGAAUCUGUGCUAUCAUCAGUCCGUUGUCCUCGCUACCCGCCCUGUGCUUGUUUAUAUUCUCUUCGAGAAACUCUCAGCCGGGUCUGCGGGUCGUGCGGUAACAGAACCUAUUAAGGCUUUGAUUAAAGCGUGUUUUGAGUCAGCGGAGAAAUCGCUUCGUAUUCUCACUGCGCUACGUUCACAAGAUCUUCUCGAGGCGUUCCUGCCGUUCGAUAUCGAUUGCGCCCAUUCGUCUGCGUUUGUGAUUCUUCUCAUAAAGACGACUGGCCUUGUUCCAGACAUCGCAGAUUGUCAAAUCUCCUACGUAGACAUCGCCGUCCUCAUUCUGAAUACAAUGAUCCAGAGGGGCUCGGUGACCGCGCAGCAUCGUUUAUCGGAGCUUCAAGUCCUACAAAACCUCCUGAUGCUUCAUUCAGAACGUAGUAGAGUACCCCAGGGACCUGAGUCUACCGAUGCUGUUUCUGGGAACGGUCCUAUUCCCAGGGACCCAAGGACUGAUGUCGAUGUCGACCAAAGCGGCAUCGAGGCUUUUUCCUCAUUCACUUACUAUGUCGAUGCAGUCGGGGACACAGGUCUGUCGUCCACAGAGAUGCUGGAAGUUGCACGUCUGCUGGAAUGGGGAAACAUCUGGGCGGAAAUGCCUUCGGGAGAGACACAGCAACAGCAACGGUCGUGGGGGUUUUUCCAAGACGUUGGCCGUGAUCAAGAAAACUCGUUGGUGUGA